AUGCAGAGCCAUCCACACUUUUCAACAUUAAACUCAAGUCUCCACGUGUCACACCAUCUAUCCAUUUUUGCUAAUUCUUCAUGUAUGGAGUUCAUAGUUGGGCCGAUAUCUGUAUUUGUGCAGGUAUAUGUCACCUUCAAGUCAUCUGCAUACAGUAUUGGCUUGCCUAUACUAAAACAUUCACAUAUACUGUUUAUGUAUAUAAUGAAAAGAAGGGGUCCCAAUACACUCCCCUGGAUGACACCACUGCUGAUUGGUCUAGGUCUGGAGGUCAUUGAGCCAACUUUAGUU